UGAAUCCAACUCGUCUCCAACUUUUGCCCGAUAGCUGAAAUGAAAUCCUGUAGGAAAGAGAGAAAUUCAACAUUUUCACUCGUGAAUUAGGAUUUUCUCCACAGGAAUAACAUGGGAUAUAUAGACGCUGGAGUUGACAUGGCGUGAAGUCCCUCGUUUAGAUUCUAUCCAUCAAAUAUCUUAGGGGUCAGGCGGUAUGGCGGAGGGGGAGGAGGCCAUGAGCCAGGAAGACUGGAAGGAGAAGUGUCUGGUCCUGGAGGCGCUGCUCAUGAAGUUCAGAGUGCAAAUCAUCAAGAUCCGAGAACUCACUGCUGACAAGAUUCAACAACUGGAGACUCAGGUGAUCGAUGCAGAAAAACGAGCCUUCACAGCUCAGCAGCAGAUGCAAUGGAUGGAGGAGAAGCUGAAAGCUCCAGACAGUCAGUCCGCAGACUCAGAGAUGCGUUUGUUUCAGCGGUGCCAGGAGCUGCAGGCCUCGGUGCAGGAGAAGGAGGAUGUCAUCGCCCAGCUGGAACAGCAGCUGGAGGAGCAGAAACAGAUCCGACUUCAGGAUGCUAAAACAGUGGAGGAGAAAGCAGCUAAGAUCAAAGAAUGGGUGAUGCUGAAGUUGACAGAGUUUGAGGUGGAGAACGCAGCAUUAAGAGAAACCAACAAGCAGCAGGAGGCUCAGAUCGAGGACUUACAGAAACAAGUGAAGGCCUUUGAGCAGAAGUGUGGUGUUGGACGAGGAGCCCUGUGCAGACCAGGGGAGGCCCAGCGUCUCAGCAGCCUGACGUUUGGCUGUUUCCAGGUGAGGGGGAAGAACCCUCAGGUCCUGACUGGACCAGCACCCUCCCAGAGGACCCUGAGCACCCAGGGAGAGACUGAAGACAGAGAUAAAACUGGGAAGAGUAAUAAACACGCGGCGUCCUCAGGGACAGACUGUGAAGGACAGACACCUGAGCAGACUCUGGUGGGUGACCGAGCAUCUGAAAGCCUGACUGAGAAUACAUGUGGACUUGAGUCUCGUGGCGUCUCCUCCGUGCUCUCCAGCGCUGUCUCAGAGGGUGAGGGAGGAGGAGGAGGUGGAGUGUGUGGUCUGGAGUUCAGCCGGCCCAGCAGUGAGACCUACCUCACUGCUUCUGACGACAGCAGCUCUCUGUUUGACGAUGACAUGCAGCGCGCCGAGCAUCCCGGCUUCAACCUGCUGGGCUCAUCAGAUGGCACAUUGGCAGGGAGCAAGGAGGGAGGGGAGGAGACGGACAGGGCCAAGCUGGAGGACUGCACCUCUGAGGAGCUCAAUAAACGUUUCCAAUCACAGAGGCUUGACUCUUCAUCCUCUUCCAGCGAAGCUAACACCCCCAGCCCCAUCCUCACGCCAGCCCUCACCCCUAAACGACCCAACCCACCCCAGGACCUAAGGGACAACCCUGCUUCGCCCAAACAGCCCCGGCUGCGAACCCCGGCAGGGUUCGGGUUGAUGAAUGUGGCGCUGGCCAAGAAACACCUGAGCCAGCCACCAAACAGCAGUGAGGCAGCAUACGGACAAACACGUAACGCUCUCAGCAUGCUGCGUCCCCUCAGGCCACAGGAAACUGACCUCGACCAGGAGCAGGAGGUUGGCAUGGAAACAGGCAGGAACACACCUCCUCAAGGCCUCCCCAGCUCACAAGCGGAGCCUCCCUUUCCAUCCAGUCGGACCCCAGCUGGUCCAGCUGAACCUGGGACAGACAUCAGCCCAGAAAGGCAAGACUAUGAGAGCUCAGCACCUGGCAACAAACCUCCGACACCCCCUUUACACAGGCUGCCCUCCUGGGAGAGUCGUAUCUAUGCUGUGGCUAAAUCAGGAAUCAGACUGUCUGAGACAUCCUGCACAGACCCUGCCAGCAAAGACCCUUCCCUCCAGUCCUCCUAUCCUGCCUUUGUAAUGUACACAUCCCUCAUCUACAAAAACAUGACUACACCAGUUUACACUACUCUAAAGGGGAAAGCCACUCUGCUGAGCAGCAGUCCGUUCUCGGAUGAGUCGUCCAGCUCCGAGGAGUCAUCCAGUUCAGGAGAGGAGGACGGCUCCCUCUGCAGCUCUCACACCUCCUCCAGCUCCCGCAAGGACAGCAGCCCAGGCAGCCCUCGCUCUCUCAAGAGAGCUGUGUCCAUGUCUUCAAUGACUUCAGAGAGCGACUAUGCCAUCCCUCCUGAUGCCUACUCCACCGACACAGAGUGCUCCGAGCCAGAGCAAAAACUCCCCAAGACCUGCUCUGCUGCCAGCGACAAUGGCAAGAGUGAGCCAAUGGAGAAGUCAGGCUACCUGUUGAAAAUGGUGAAGACCUGGAAGAAAACUUGGAAGAGACGCUGGUUUGUCCUCAAAGAUGGAGAGCUGCUCUAUUAUAAAUCGCCUAGUGAUGUGAUCAGGAAACCUCAGGGGCAGAUCGAGGUCAACGCCACCAGCAGCAUCGCCCGUGGAGAGGGAAAACAAGUUCUCCAGAUAGUGACAGGGAAGCGUGUGUACUACCUGAAGGCCGACUCUCCGAACCUGCUGGAGGAGUGGCUCAGGGUGCUGCAGAGCGUGCUCAGAGUGAAAGCUGCCAGUCCUCUCUUCACCCAGCCGGAUAUUCGCCCCGGCAUGAAGGGGCUGCUCAUCAAGGUGAAGCACGGCUACUCCAAGCGGGUUUGGUGUGCUUUGAUUGGCAAAACCUUGUACUAUUUCCGCAGCCAAGAGGACAAGUUCCCCCUGGGUCAGAUUAAACUCUGGGAGGCCCAGGUGGAGGAGGUUGACAGGUCAAGAGAUUCAGACGACGACCUGAAGGCGUGUGGACGAGGCUUCCAGUCGGCACCUUUUACCAUCGCCAUCCACCCUCAGGAGCAAGGACCGACCUACCUGCUCAUCGAGUCCUGCCAUGAGAAGGACUCGUGGCUGUACCAUCUGUCUGUGGCAGCGGGCUCCUCAUUGGGUAAAGUGGGCACCGAGUUCGAGCAACUGGUGGGAAAACUCUUCCAAGUGGAUGGAGAUCCAAACUCUCAGAGCUGGAGACAUCCCAUGUUGUGUUUCAGUAAGGAAGCUCUGUCAUCUCCUCUCACCACUCUGCCCUCACAAGCUCUGCAGACUGAGGCCAUUAAGCUCUUUAAGACGUGUCAGCUUUUCAUCAACGUGGCCAUCGAUGCUCCGGCCAUCGACUAUCACGUUUCGCUGGCCCAGAGCGCCCUGCAGGUGUGUCUGGCUCACCCCGAGCUUCAGAACGAGUUCUUCUGCCAGCUCAUUAAACAGACCCGCAGGAGGCAGCCGCACGGCCAUUCAGGACCCCUGCAGGGCUGGCAGUUUCUAGCCUUGUGUGUGGGACUGUUUCUGCCUCAGCAUCCGUUCCUCUGGCUGCUCCAGGUCCACCUCAAGAGACACGGUGACUCCAGGACUGAGGUGGGUAAGUAUGCCAUCUACUGCCAGCGUUCCAUGGAGCGAACCCAGCAGAAGGGCGAGAGGCAGGCCAGGCCGUCCCGUAUGGAGAUCCUGUCCAUCCUGCUGAGGAAUCCCUAUCAUCACUCCCUGCCAUUCAGCGUGCCUGUUCACUUCCUCAACAACACCUACCAGGUGGUGAGCUUUGACGCGUCAACCACAGUGGACGAGUUCCAGUGUCGCCUUAACCAGGACACCGGCAUAAGGAAAACUGGGCUGUCGGGCUUCAGCUUGUACACAGAUGACCCUACCGGGCGAGAGCUGGAGCACUGCCUGCAAGGAGCCAUCAAGAUUUGCGACAUUAUCUCCAAGUGGGAGCAAGCAUCUAAAGAGCAGCACACUGGAAAAUCUGAAAACACCAGGACUGUCCGCCUCACCUACAAGAACAGGUUGUACUUCUCCCUCCAGGUCAGGGGGGAGUCAGAGAGGGAGAGGCUGCUGCUGGCUUAUCAGACAAAUGAGGCCAUCGUAGCGGGACACUUUCCCGUCAAUAAGGAGCUGGCUCUGGAGAUGGCCGCCCUGCUGGCCCAGGUGGAGUUUGGGGAUUUUGAGCGCCCCUUCUCUGCUCCUGGAUCAGCUCAGACCAAGUCUAACCAAACCCUGAAACAGGUUCUGGAGAGAUUCUAUCCCAGACAUUACCGCAGGACCACAUCUGAGGAGCAGCUCAGACAACUGCUGCAGCGUCUCUCUGCCCGCUGGGCCUCCCUCAGGGGCCGAAGUUCAUCAGAGUGUGUCAGGAUCUACCUAACCGUUGCCAGGAAGUGGCCUUUCUUUGGUGCCAAAUUAUUUGAAGCAGAAUGCCUCACUCCCUCUCCAGAGCAGGGUGUGCGUGUUUGGCUGGCAGUGCAUGAAGAUGGUGUUGGUGUUCUGGAGCACAGUUCUGUUAAACCACUGGUGUCCCAUCCCUACAAGAGCCUGAUGACAUUCGGAGGCUGCAAACAGGACUUUAUGCUGGUUGUUGGACAGAAUGUCGGUACCAGCACGAGCAAAGACAAACCUACAGAGAAACAUCUGUUUGCUAUGGAUGCUUCCAAGAUCAGGGAGAUCACCCUCCUCAUCUCUAGUUAUGUCAACAGUGCUCAUCAGCAGAAGGCAGCAGCCCACCACCUCUCUGCCCCGGCUCUGAUGGUGGCCCAGCCUGUCAGCCUGAAGAGCAAAGAGCUGAGGAGUAAAUCCCCACCAGCACUGGGACGCCCCAGUAAGACCCCCACUUUGCUGUGACUGCACAAAAAAUGUCACACCCUGAUCAGAAAUAGUCUCUCUCACCUUCUUUACAUUUGAAAAUGAAUUUACAGCAGCUUUAGGCUUGAUUACAUCCUCAUACAGCCCUUCUUUCUUAUCAGUCAAAUCCUGUAUAUUAAUCUCACUGAACCAGAUGAAAUCCUGGUAUGUGGAAUGGUCACCUCUUUGCUUGCUGGAAGUGACAAAUAUAGUGUCCCUAAACCAUGGCUGCUGAAGACAUAUCAUUUAUAUUGCCAAAGAACAUGUCUGGAAGGUGGCAUUCUUUAAUUUGAAGCAGUUUUUAACUUAAAGCAGGUAAAGGUUACUUAAACUGCGUUUCCACUGAAGGAACUUUCCCAACAGACCCGGAACUUUUGGAGGAACUUGUUCCUACUGCAGGGACGGAGGUCUGAAAGGACAUUGUUUUACCCCCACAAAAUGUCCCCACCUGGUGGUAUAGAACUUUUCCAAACAUAUAGCCCCAAGUAAUUAUGUGUAAAAGCAGUUGUCGUUUUCAUUGCCUUAUCAUUGUGGGUCUUUAGACUGCAGUGGAAACACAGACAACAAAGGACAGAACCUUUUAAUUCAUUGAAAAGCGGUUCCUGGGUUCUGGGUACUCUGGACGGAAACACAGUCUUCCUCAGAGGACAUAAAACAGCUGCAUCUGAAACUGGAGCUGUAAGCUGUAUACAUAGGUGCAAAGGUGUCACUAUAACAACUCAGAGGCUUUGGUUAACAUUCUCCAAGGUACAUUUUUUUCUCCCUAAUGAAUGUGUUUCUUUUACGUGCUGACUCCAAAGAGAAAAACUUAACAAUAUUUAUUGACAGACAGAGCUAGCCUUCCAAAAUGUCUCAUUAAUCUGUCUGCGCUGUGUGCAUUUCCUUUUGUAAAGGUGCUGUUGGACAUUAAGAUUUGUGUUUUGCCUUGAAAAUAAUGCACAGUUAUACACAGUUUAGAAGAGGGAAUGAUUCAUUUAGAGAGUAUUUUUCCUUCCUCCUGCAGGGCUCAUAAGUCAACCAGGAGCUGAAACCCCUUCGGUCUCAGAUCUUGUAUAAUGAAGGAUAUUGAACGCUAUGAUAAAAGUGGGAGGCAGUACCAGGUAACCAAACUGCAGCUUGAGAAAACAGUCCACAAAGUGAAUACACCAACUACAAUGAAAAUAUUGUUAGGAAUCUUACUUGCAAUACAAUAUGUGUGACUGGUGAGCUGUAGAUGGGGUGAGUUGGUUGUGUUGGGAAAGACUGAAAUUUAUAAUAGGAAACCAUUUUGGACCCUGUGUGUUCUUUGUUACUGAGUAGCCAGGAGAGUGGUGAAACUUUAGUCAUGUGCAACCCUUUCUGGUAAAGUGAACAGCAAAUCAGGAACUUCUCUUAGCGUUGUCGGGUUGGAUUAGGGGAUGUGUUAAUUUAGAGGAAGGUCGUAAUAGAAGGUGACAAAGGUCGAAGGAACAUGAUGGUAGAAAUAUUUACUGAUUGCCGGAGAAAUACAGUGUUCUCUGUUCUGCUUUAUAUCUUUUGUAACACAGGUAUUUGAAUGAAGCAACAAGAUCAUAUUUAGUGACUCAUGUAACCCUAAACUAAACUGGAAAAACAUGGCUUUUUUCUUAUGUGAGGUACUUUAAGAAGACACUUUUCCCUCCCAGUAUUAUCUUGACCCUGUAUAGAAUGAAUGUUGUCAGGUGUUGUAUUUAUUUGUCAUAUAAAAUAAUCAUCCUUUAAACAAGUGUUAUAAUUAUUGCAAAAGUCUAAUGCUUGAAUAAACUACAGCUAAUCACU